UUGUCAUUCCUAGCGUUAUCUUCAAACUUAGAAAAAAAAAACAUAAAGUUGAACUCUUUAACUUGAUCAAGUAAAACUACAACAACGAAAGAAAGAAAAAAAACCCAAAGGUGGGCACCCAUUUGAGAGUUGAAUCUGAGGAUCCGAUUACUUACUCCAAGAUCUCGCCAUUUUUUUCUUCUUUAAGGGUAAUAUACAGGACUGAUCAUUAUUCAGGCCGGAGGGUAAAAACCUUUUUAUAAAUAUUGGGAAAGAAGAGGAAAAUUUGCGAACCAGAAAAUAGAGGACAAUGGCAGAGGUCAAGAGGCAAAAGCAUUUCAUUCUAGUACAUGGAGCAUGUCAUGGGGCCUGGAGCUGGUACAAGCUCAAACCACGGCUGGAGUCAGCAGGCUACCAUGUCACGGCCAUCGACCUGGCGGCCUCAGGCAUCAAUAUGAACGCAAUCCAGGGUGUUUACUCCAUGUAUGAAUACACUAAACCAUUGUUGGAGGUUUUGGCCUCACUGCCUUCUGGUGAAAAGGUUAUUCUUGUUGGGCAUAGCUUGGGAGGCCUGAAUUUGGCCCUGGCUAUGGACAAGUUCCCGGAGAAGAUUUCAGCUGGUGUGUUCUUGACUGCUUUCAUGCCUGACACAGCACAUCAGCCAUCAUUUGUUUUGGAACAGUACUGUGAGAGGACCCCGGCGGAAGCAUGGUUGGACACUCAAUUCGCUCCAUAUGGAAGACCUGAACAGUCUUUGAUGUCAAUGUUUUUUGGGCCCCAGUUCCUAAAAUUCAAACUCUAUCAGCUAUCACCUACUGAGGACCUGGAGCUGGCAAAGGUUAUGAUCAGACCAGGAUCGUUGUUUGUAAGCGAUUUGUCGAAGGCGGACAAGUUCUCUAACGAGAGGUACGGAUGUGUACCCCGAGUCUAUGUUGUUUGCAAUGAAGACGAAGGGAUACCAGAGAAAUUCCAACGGUGGAUGAUUGAAAAUUUUGAGGUUAACGAUGUGAUGGAGAUUAAGGAUGCAGAUCAUAUGGCAAUGUUCUCAAAGCCACAAGAAGUUUGUAACUGUCUGUCAAAGAUAGCACAAAAAUAUGGCUGAUCAUGUUAAUCAACAAGAUUUGUUGAUGGGUUAUUUAAUAUGGAGAGUGGAUUUUGUUGUUGGGUUGCUUUUAUUUUUAGUAACUUGCAAUCACUACAUAUAAUGUGAAAUAGAUUUUGGUUUUGGAAUAAAAAUCUUCUCUUGGUUGCCAUACUUGGAGUUUUGUCAAAACUUGUUCUUCAAGGAAUUGACGAGUUUUAAUUAAUUUGAUUUAUACAAUUACUUUUUGAA